UAAACGGCUACCAUACAACAUUGCUAUUUCCGUCUUUCUUAUCCAUGAAAUCUCCUAUCUAUCUAUUCUUCUUCCUUUUCUUUACUAAAUCCCAUGAUCUUCCCAUGUAUGAAGUGGAACAGAUGAUGCUGAUGCAGACACUAAUAUAAACCAAUUCCCGAAUAGUGCCAACUACAACAACGCAGAAAUGCUACAAAACCACAGAGUAGUGCGAUUUUCUGCUCAACCAUUCAAUCCUCCAACUCGCACGAUAGCACCAUCACUUUCGCCAUUCCAAUUAAUACCCAAUUCCCCAUCUUUUCCAAUCCUCAAACAGCAAUGCAGAUUAUCACGCAGAGAGCUCACAAUCUUCAGCAACUCUUGCUUGCUACUUCUCUUGGAUGGAUCCAGAGCAAGAGCAGAAGAUGAUGUUGCUAACACAAGUAACACUGAUCAACCAGAAGAAAAUAGGACUGCAGCAGAAGAAGAUGUUGCAAACACAAGUAACAGUGAUCAACCAGAAGAGAAUCUGACUUUAGCAGAAGAUGUUGCCAACACAAGUAACAGUGAUCAACCAGAAGAGAAUCUGACUUUAGCAGAAGAUGUUGCCAACACAAGUAACAGUGAUCAACCAGAAGAGAAUCUGACUUUCGCUGAAGAUGUUGCUAAUGAAAGUAACAGUGACAAACCAGAAGAGAAUCUGACAACCACUCCCAGCUGCACUGAAAGAAAACCUACCAAACAAGUAUUCCUAGACAUAUCUAUUGAUGGUGAACCUGUUGGUCGCAUAACUAUAGGGCUCUAUGGAAAUGAGGUUCCUGCGGGAGUUGAUAGGUUUAGUAAGAUUGUAAGUGGAGCUGCUGGCAUUAGCUACAGAAGAAAAGAGUUUGUCAAAAUCAUGCCCAAUUAUGUCCAACAUGGUGGCCUCAGAUCCUAUGGUGUGGAUGUUGAACUUGCUACAAGGACAGGUAGCAAUUUGGCUGCAGAUACUCUUGUUCAGGAAUGGGAGAGGGAGUAUGAGAGGUGUCCUGGGACUAAAAACCUGGCUGGAAGUAUAGGCAUUAUUGUGAGAAACCCAUCGAAACCACCCCCGAAGUUGAAGCUGGUAGCAAAACAAGGGAAGCUGGAGAUUGAUCAAGAAGAAGUAGGAACUGAUCCCAAUGGGACAGAAUUUGUCAUUGCUACAAAGGAUGCACCAGAAUUGGACGCAUCGACUCUGGUAAUUGGAAGAGUAACACGAGGGAUGGAGGUUGUGCAGAGGAUCGGUCAGGUUAAAACAGUACAAGAAAACACAGGAUCUCCAUAUUUUAGGGUAGCAAAGCUAAUAGGAGACAAGCGAGCUGUUGUAGCUGAAAGGGGAUUCAACCGCCCUUAUUCGAAGGUCAUUGUUACAAACUGUGGUUUAAUGUAACACAAUUGUAUUUACUUCCUUCUCUAGUUGAUUUGAUGUGUAUGUGUAAGAGGAAAUAUCACAUCUUAUAACAAUCUCCAUUGUCAUCCGACCCUAUGUAACGUCUGCCAUUUGUAUUACAAAUGAGGAAAAAAAUAUUACAGCUCGGUU